GGGUCCAGGCCCAGACUCGCUUCUGGUUCUGAAUUUCUCACAGGGCUGCAUCUCAAACUUCAAUGAGGGCAGGAUCCACUUUUCCAGCUUUUUCUCGUGGUUGUCAGCAGGACUCAGUUUCCCACGAGUUGUUGGUUUGUUGCCAGAUGGGCCCCUUUGCAGAGCAUGUCACAGCACAGCAACUGCUCCACCAGCGUGAGCAAUGCUAGGAGUGCUGUGAACCUCUCUCAAAGUCAAGAUGUCCAUUUAGAAAGGAAACUUACAAGGUAUCCUCUAUACCAGGUACUUCAGCAUUUUCCUGAUUAAGGACCACUUUUGAUUUCCCCCCAAAGUUCUAUGAAAGACCAAAAAAGUGUGGGGGCUGUGGAGGAAGCAGCAUGACCACAGGAAGUCCCACCCACUUCGCCUCCCCCAGCUCUCAGAAUCCUCAUCAGCUGGGCAUGGAGGUUUGGCAAAGAUGCAAGAUUAUUUGGAGGGUGGAAGGGAACCUGCUCUCCUCUUGAGAGCACACAAAGGGCAUUCAUUAUCCCAAACAGAUGAUUUGGGUCAAAAAUGCCUUUGGUCAAAAUUUCCAAAGGAGGAAAUCAACCCCUAGGCAUAGAAUGAAGUCUCAGGCAAACCAGAAACAUCCCAGAGGACUAAAGAAUUCAGGUGUCAGACAUUAAAAUUAUGGUUGGUUGCUGUGCAUCUCAUUAAGGGAGAGAAAAUAGAAAUGUACUUAAAUGGACCAGAGGGGAGUCAUAAGGUUGAUUCUCAGGGCUGAGUGAUCUGAACUGCAAAGACAACCUUAGAGAGAAAAUCCAUACUGGCCAGAGACCAAGUUAAUGGAAAAUUUAAUUGAAGCGAGUGAAAUGCUCAGCCUCAUAGGUAGUGUGGCCCUGUGCCCUUUGAACCAGAAAGGCUGGGCCAGGAGGCCACAGAGGGCCCUGAGGGAAAACUCCCUUAUCUGCAAGAACAAGGGGCGGGACUGAGUCUGAAGAGAAAAUCUGCAAACCUCCACAGGAGCCUCACUGCAAGGCUGCAUGUGGGCGAGGCAAUCUUCAGGUUUUGGUCAUCAGGAAGUUCCUUAGAGAUUCACAGCAGAAGGCCCCUCUGCCUCCCACAGCACCAAGCACGUGCUGGGAACCGGUGGUCUUCCAGAGGAGGGCAGGAGAGGCUGCCAGGUGGCAGAGGCACAACCACCAAGCCAAGACAGUCACCACUGAAGAGUACCUGGUGCACCCUGUGGGCAUGAACCGCUACGGCGUGGACCCCUCCGCCUCCACCUUUAACCACAGGGGAUCCUUGCCCCCCUCCUCGCUGUACUGCAAGAGGCAGAACUCUGGAGACAGCCACCUUGGGGGAGGUCCUGCUGCCACCUCUUCCCGCACCAGCCCCAUGUCUUCUGGUGGCCCCUCGGCACCUGGGCUGAGGCCCCCAGCCUCCAGCCCCAAGAGAAACACGACCUCUCUUGAAGGAAAUAGAUGUGCCUCAAGCCCUUCUCAGGACGCGCAGGAUGCCAGGCGGCCACGGAGCAGAAACCCCUCCACCUGGACUGUGGAGGAUGUGGUGUGGUUUGUGAAGGAUGCCGACCCACAGGCUCUGGGGCCUCACGUGGAGCUCUUCAGAAAGCACGAGAUUGAUGGCAAUGCUCUGCUGCUGCUGAGGAGUGACAUGGUCAUGAAGUACCUGGGCCUGAAGCUGGGACCCGCACUGAAACUCUGCCACCACAUUGACAAACUGAAGCAAGCUAAGUUCUGACUUUUAAAAAAAGACAAAAGCGAAACCCGAAACAACAGAUCGCAAGAUUAUCUUCUGCCUUACCAGCAUCCAGUCAACAUCACAAGAUAGACUCUCCCCUUAAAACUCACAGACACAAAGACUUGGUCUUUCUAUAAAACUUGUGAAUCUUUGCCUUUUUAAGAAUUUAACGUGGACCUUUUGAAAAGUUCGUUUGUGUUAAUAAUUUGCCAAAAAAUUACAAAAGCCUCUGAUUUUUUCACAUCCCUGUUAUGCUAAUUGCUCUUAAAGUGGGUCCUAUUUGCGUAAUGAGAGAAUUAUGAAUGCUUAUUCGCAACGAGAGUACUGGAGGGUUCAAAGAAUGAAAGAAGGACCUUUGUCCCUGUGGGCUCUGCAGGGACACCCACCUCAGCACCAUCUGCCUCUAACUCUGACCUGGGGACUUAUCCGUGUGAGCCUUGUUUGCCUCAGCUUUGGAAGCCGACUUCCGAAGAUGACUGCCUCACCUUGCACUAGCUGGAAAACUUGAAUUCUUUUGCUCCCUGAAAGAAAAGAAGAAAAAAAAAUCUUUUCUAUUCCUAAAAAAUCUGAAGUGCUGUGUUGCUCCACUAGAGGGCAGACUGCUAAUGAAAUUUCAGGACUCUCGCUGACUGCAGUAGCAGGAUUAUUCAGUGCUGAGUGGAUGGGUGUCUGUGAACAAGAUCUAGCCCACACAGAAACAGGGGAUUUAUUCCACAGUCAGCACCACAGAUUGAGACUUGGGAAGAAACCAUCAGCUUAGAGGGGUCUAGUUCGUAUCCAAUCAUCGUUGACUGACUGAUUGGUACUCCACUAGCAAAGGCAAGAAUUUGGAAGCACGCUCUACCCAGAUGGGUCUUUGGAGUUCCUUCCCUUCCAGAGUCCUUAUUGAGGUGUUGAAGUGUUGGCAUGCUGAAGAAUCUUAGUGACAUUUAGCCAUGGGUGUUUCUUUAAAAAAGGAAAAGAAAGUGUCUCAACGAAGCUUUGAAACGGGAGAGUGUUGAUUUCUAGUUACAUUGCUGGAUUAUGUAGUUGUAUCUGUGGCUAAUUUUUCUAGUCCUCAACAAAUACACAGACAUGCUAUUAUGGGGUUUAAUUCAAUUUACAAAUAGGUUUUCCUUCCUUACCAUGGAGUAAUAGAAAAAAUUGAUUUUCUGCCCUUUUGCAGCUAUGUCCAGAGAAGAACAAUGAAUCCACAAUUUAUUAGGCAGAGGGACAACUUCCCCGCCAUUCUUUUUAUUCUUUUCUGUGUUUCUCUCCCUUUCUCUUCUUUCACCCUGAGCAGAAGGCAUAUCUUCAAAAUGAAUCCACCUUUGUCACACACAUAUUCUCUUCCUUAAAAGGACAUCAGCAGUGUUGGAGAUGAGGAGAUGAACAUUUGAUUUGGGAAUUUCUGGGAGAGGUUAGGGAUGACUCAGGGCCUUCCUUGGCCAAAAGGUGAAUCAGAAAAGGCACUCCUUUCUCUGGGAUGCAGCCUGAGCAGGGGUCUCAGCUGGCAAGUGAAGCAGGAUGGGAGCUCAACCUCCUCACCCCUUGAUCAACUGCCAUUGUGCAGAGGGCAGAACCACGAGGGCAGCCCUGGGUAGAUCUCCAUAGCAACCCGCUACUUAGAAUCCAGAUGAAGGCCGUAAGAAAUGGUCCAUGCCAUGCCGUUAGGCUCGUUUUGAUGUGCAGUAUUUGAGAGAGCACACUGUAGCCUCCUUUUCAGGCGCACAAAUGGUGGCUGGACUCAGAGCAUGGCAGAGAAGGCGAGGAGGAGGAUGUGCUAAACUUGCUCGCUGAAUUGAGCUUAAGUUAUCAGAUAGUGGAAGAGCUUGAUGUCUGGUGGUUUUGUUACAGGAAGGGGGUCCUGAUCCAGACCCCAAGAGAGGGCUCUUGGAUCUCAUGCAAGAAAGAAUUCAGGUGAGUCCAUACAGGAAAGUGAAAGCAAGUUUAUUAAGAAAGUAAAGGAAUAAACGAAGGGUUACUCCAUAAGUAGAGCAGCCUUGAGGGCUGCUGGCUGCCCAUUCUUAUGGUUAUUUCUUGAUGUUAUGCUAAACAAGGGGUGGAUUAUUCCUGCCUCCACCUGUUAGACCAUAUAGGGUAACUUUCUGACAUUGCCCUGGCAUUUGUAAACUGUCAUGGCGCUAGUGGUAGUACAGCAGUGAGGAGGACCAGAGGUCACUGUCAUCACCAUCUUGGUUUUGGUAGAUUUUAGCUGGCUUCUUUACUGCAGCCUGUUUUAUCAGAAGGUCUUUAUAACCUGAAUCUUGUGUCGACCUCCUAUCUCAUCCUGUGACUUAGGACGCCUUAGCAGUCUGGGACUGCAGCCCAGUAGGUUUCAGCCUCAUUUCACCCAGCCCCUAUUCAAGAUGGAGUUGCUCUGGUUCCAACGCCUCUGACAGUUUCAGCACCUGAGAAAAGUACCUUGACUCAGGCCUUGGGACAGAGUCUUCAAGAUUUUAAGGUGAUAGGGCCUGUCUCUCAAGAGUUUAUUAAUCAUAAGUGCUCACUGCUGGUCUAGAGUUAGAUAAGUUUCCCUCAAAACAGCCAUGGACAGGUUAUGUAUUCAGAACUGCCAAUGUGAAAACAAUGAGAUCCAGAAAAAUCCCACAACAACCCAGGUUUUUCACUCCUCUUUUUUGUUUCAACCUUCUGUUACUCAUGGUACUCUUCCAGCAAAAGAUACCUCAUUUAGUGACUUCCAGUAUUAAGUUUUCAAAACUUCCUAUGCACCCUCAUCAAUGCCUCCUUCACUACAGGGCCACAAACAUUGGUGCUCCCAAAUAAAAAUCAGCCCCAAACAAUGUCAAAGAGAUGCCUUGAGUAGUUUUCAGGGGAGAGAGAUGUUCUCCUUUCAAGUCUUGGAGAAAACUGGAUCCGUGGAACUGCUCUCGCAGAGGUGCUAUCUCAUUUCACAUUAAACUUUAAGCAGGACAGAUUGCUGAAACCAUGAUAUUUAAGGUUUGACUUUUUAAAAAUCUCAUUACUUUUAAAAUAAAUGCUGCCACAUCAGAGAAUAACCUGGGGAGGAAAAUCUUCCUUGACUGCUUCUGCACUGAAAUGCAAUUAGUCGACCAAAUUAUUAUAGCAAUACCGCAAUUAUAAUUAAUUUUCACCCCUCUCAAAAAUCUUGUCAAACCAGGAGGCUAAAUACCUUCACAAAUGUAAAACACGCCAGGCCAUUUCCUCUAAACAGACCUUAAAGGGCUAGGCCACGUGGGUCACCCUCGUCCAAAUGAGAGCCGACUCAGGGGCCUGUGACUUGUACAGAUACGGUACUUGGUAUUCCAUUGCGGUAGCUUUGCUUCAGGUUGUAGUGAAUAAUGAUCUCAUUUUGCAUAAUUCCAAAUUAGAGUGUGUAUGUGUGUGUGCCUGUGUUCACGUUCCAAACAUUUCCAAUUACACUUGUCAAACACUUGAAAAAAAAUAUCAAGAGGCAAUUCUAUUGCCUAAGGCCUUUUAAAUAUUUCAUGAAGCACAUUAUUCCCUGUGCAAAGACUUGAGGUGGAAGAUGUGGGUCUUGUCUGUGUGUGUGUGUUCUGUGUGUGUGUGUGUGUCUGUGGGGUGUGUGUGUGUGUUUCAUGACACUGUAGUUGGGAGAGUCUUAGGAAGUCAGUGCUCGGGAGUGUAUCAGCCAUUGCCUUUGCUUGGCUUGCAAUAUGGAGGCAGAACCCACUCUAGUCUGGUCUGGUCUGGUCUGGUUGCUACUACUAAGUGUCCUCUCUGCUUUUCUUUUCUUUUCUUUUUUUUUUUUGAGAUGGAGUCUCGCUCUGUUGCCAGGCUGGAGUGCAGUGGCAUGAUCUCGGCUCUCUGUAACCUCCGCCUCCUGGGUUUAAGUGAUUCUCUUGUCCUAGCCUCCCGAGUAGCUGGGAUUACAGGCGCACACCACCACGCCCAGCUAGUUUUCAUAUUUUCAAUAGAGACAGGGUUUCACUAUGUUGGCCAGGAUGGUUUUGAUCUCUUGACCUCAUGAUCCACCCACCACACCCGGCCCCCUAAGAGUCCCCUCUUAUGCCAUCAGGGUAUGCCCUGGAGGCAGCUGGGUGACCAGGGCUGUUCUAAGGCUGAGCCUGCCCCUCAGGAGGCUGGCUGGAUGCGCCAAGCCUGGGCUGCAGGUGACUCUGGAGAGAUGGGGAGCCCACCACAGGGAACACUUGUCUUGAGGACGUUUAGUGCCUACCAGAGAGUACACUGGGCUCCCACUGUUUCCCUCCAGGAGGUCUGCUGACUUUUUUUGUUCCUUUCAGCAAGAAAAGAGAGUGAAGAACUAAAGAGAACCAACUAUAUUAAAUACACUGGGAAGGAAUAUGGGACUAAGGUUGGUUUACGGGAGAAGGAAACCAGUGAGAGAGGGAAGCCUAUGACGAAAGCGUCUUAGAAAAACAAUAAAAGAGCAGCUAUUCUAGCAGCCCCAACCCUUCAUGCUGCAAUCGCUUAUUUUUGUAUCUAUGUGCUAUAUGGAAUUUUCUUUUUUAAUUAAAAUUCUUUAAAAAUUA